GCUCACGGUUCUGAAUCUGAACGAGAUUGACCGGAGCUGCUGGGUUGAGCAGGAGGCUGUGAGGCGGGCAUGGGAUGAGGAAGAGGGUCGGAGCUGACGUCUAGAACACGGUUGAGGAAAGCCACCUGGGAAGGAAGGACUCUGCUUCUCCAGCCCCAGACGCCUGUGCUCCCCAGCUCCAGCACCGCCACCUUUCAGCUCCUGUCCCGGCCCCGCUGGGCCAGGGAAUGUCCCGGCGCCAUCAUGCCUUACGUGGAUCGGCAGAACCGCAUCUGCGGCUUCCUUGACAUCGAGGAGACGGAGAGCAGCGGCAAGUUCCUGCGACGCUACUUCAUCCUGGACACGAAGCCGGGCAGCCUGGUGUGGUUCAUGGACAACCCGCAGAACUUACCUAUUGGUGCAGACUGUGUUGGCUCUCUCAAGCUCACCUACAUCUCCAAAGUCAGCGAUGCUACCAAGCUCAGGCCCAAGGCAGAGUUCUGUUUCGUAAUCAAUGCCGGGAUGAGAAAGUUCUUCCUGCAGGCCAACGAUCAGCAGGACCUGGUGGACUGGGUCAACGCCCUCAAUAAAGCCACCAAGAUCACUGUGCCCAAGCCGAGUGACGGGCAGCAGAACGCGGAGAACCAGAAGGUGCUGCAGGAUGUGGUUGGCUCCAAGAAGCAGGUCUCCUACCGCACGGAGAUCAUCGGAGGAGUGCCCAUCGUCACACCGACACAGCAUGAAGGGGGCGACAGCGCGGAGGGGGCGGAGCGCGACGCCAUGCGGCGCUCCCACAGCCAGCUGCCCUACUUCCUGGGCAGGCCCACGCAGGAGCAGACGGUCAUCAAGUCGGGAUACUGCGUCAAGCAGGGAGCCGUGAUGCGGAACUGGAAGCGGCGGUAUUUCCUCCUAGAAGAGAACUCAAUGAGUUACUUCAAAUCAGAUCUGGAGAAGGAGCCGCUGAGGACCAUCCUGCUGAAGGAGGUGCACAAAGUGCAGGAGUGCAAACAGAGUGAUAUUCUGAUGAGGGAUAACCUGUUUGAAGUCGUCACCCAGUCCAGGACCUUUUAUAUACAGGCCGACAGCCCUGAGGAGAUGCACAGCUGGAUCAAGGCCGUCUCAGGGGCCAUCGUGGCCCAGAGGGGCCCCGGGAGAUCAGCAGCCACAAUGCGGCAGGGCAGACGACUGUCCAACCCCUGCAUACAGCGAUAUACGACCCGAAUCGGGGAGUGUAGCAGCACCCUUCUGCAGCUGUGCACCUGUCUUAGAUGUGUGACUACCUGCUUGUCUGUCUUCUUCCCUCCUGUCCGCUGCCUGUAUGUGAAAACGUAUCCCUCCGCCACAGAAUUCAGGAACAAUGUGGCCGUCUCUGCCCUCCCACAUUCUACCGCACCCCCGCGGGCGCCCCCGCACCUCGCCCGCCCAUACCUGCCUCUGUGCCCGCCGGCCCCCGGGCCCCUCACCCCCCCCAGCACCACCAGCAGCAGCAGCGGCGGCGGUGGGGGGCCGCUGGUGUCGCGGAAUGCCCUCGUCCCGCGCAGCCUGGCCUGGGACAGCGAGCACUUCAUGAGCCUCCUGCCGCGGCCCAGCCACGCCCACCCGUCCCGCCUGCCGCCGUGACCUGCCGGCCGGCCGUCGCCCACGACCUGGAGUCGCCGUGGCGACGGCGCAGCAGCUUCGAGCCCCGCCUGCCCGACCCGACGCCCCUUGAUCUGGACGCCGCCGACCUGCCUGUCAGCCAGGUUUAACCCCACCCACGCACCCCUGACCGUGCCCGCUCCCCCGGCCCGGUGUUGGGGACCCGCUGAAGGCCCCGUGUGCUACGGCGGGGCCCCGGACUUCCAUGUUUAAUCAAAGUAGAAUCUGAAUGGAACUCUGGUGGCUUUGUCUGCACCAAAGAAGACCUGCUGGUCCUCCAAGCUCCUCCUCCUCCCCCCUGUCCACCCGCUCGUUAUGGAAGAUAAGCAUUUACUCAAAAGAAUGAAAAGAGCAUUUCAAUUGAAUCUUGGUUAUAAAAAUUCAGCAAAAGCCUUUACUUUAACCUAGAGUCGCAUCGGCAGCGGUGUGUUUUUCUGGAGCGUACGCGCUGGGCCUUGAGAUGCUAUUUACUUUAUUUUCUAAACCACUUUGUGCCAAGUAAAUAAGGACCCCUGAUGAGGUGCCCAAGCUAUUGCCUACCGGCCUGUCUAAUCCGUGUACUAAUCCAAAUAGUUUCCUCCUUGCGUAGAUCCCCUGUUGCUGCCACCGUGACUUUGGGCAGCGCAGGCUAGGAAACCCAACGGACAAAGGGGUACGGGACGUGCCUAUAGAGCCUUUCCGUCACCUCAGUGGGAGAAAUUCAUGCCGUUGUAGAUCGUAGUCUUAAACCCAUUUCUUUAACACUGGUAAGUACGACAUCGCAGUCACUGUUGCAUACUCUGUAUCGGUACGGACAACCUUUUCAUGUGAUUUUAUUUUUUUUAAAAGCUAAGCCUGUAUGGCUGUGGGUGUGUGAUUGUGGUUUUACGUUUAUUUUAAUGUCAUUCAGCCAAUUCUUACUAAACUUUGUGAAUGAGUUUGUUAUUGACGAGGUCUGGGUGUGUGUGUACACUCACCCCCUAUACCGUUUUAAGCAGUGGUUCUGAGUUGACUUUCUUAUAGCAUGUAAUGCACACUUACCAUCAACCAAGUACUUAUGACCUGGUAGCUAGGUGGAAAAAACUAAUACAAUCCAAUGUGUGUUUAUCCAACAUCAGUAGAGAACAUCUUCAAAGUGUGCCAAAUGGUAACAUCUGUGUGGAAUACGGAAUUUCGUUAAGUUAGGAACUCCAAACGGAAUACCCAACCUGUUUCACACAUGCCAGCAUAAGCCUGUAUCGAUGUCCACAGUUUGCUCAUGGAUAGCUGCAGUUUUGUGAGCGUGCUGUUAUAAAAUAAUAGUUUUGGUGUUAAUAUGCAGGCCUGCUUGCAGGUCGGUGUUGAGGUACUUUGUUGUACUGUUGUCGUUCUUUUACUUUGAGUUAACUGUAUUGCUUGUUCUUGUGUUGCCAAAUAAGUCGGUUAUCCCCCAGUGGAAGGCUAUGGCUUCGUUAGGUCUUCAGGGCUUUAACACUUCCACUGUACCCCUGCAGAACUACUAUAAGCUAGUCGUUUGGGGGGGAGAAGGACCUCCUUCUCUCCAGCCCAACGAAGCCAAGCAAGUGCAAAGUGUCUCAUUGUCUUGUGUUUUCAAUUGAAAUGUUUUGUAUUAUUUAUUAUGUUGAUGACUUGGACUUUAAAGAAAUAAAACACAUUAAAAUUA